GUUUUUUAAUCGCGCUGAAUGUCAUUAGAGUUGGCUAGCGCGUAUGUUGUCGUUUCGCUUUCCUUUGAUGGAAUUUCUGUGCGUGUAUUUUGUCCCCAAAAAUUCAAUUCUGCUGGGCAGUCACUCUGUCGUUAUCCCACGUUACGUAACAAGGAUUGGAAAAUCAUGUCAGACCCAUGUGCUUUGCUUUGAGUCCAAGAGCUUCUUUGCAUUGUGUUGUUCUUCAGAUUUCUUUAUUAUGUGAGGCAUGAGACUUAACGUGUGAUUUGUAUAAGAUCGUGGGAGAGUUCAUGGGCUGAUUGAUUUGGUGCUUGCUUACACGUGGCAUUUUCAGAUUUGGUAUUUUCAGAAAAUAUUCUGGUUUAUGAAUUACCAAACUGGUGUUUUGUGAAUUUCGAAUAGUGAAUUGGUAGUAGGUUUUGAAGAAUGUGGGAAUGUGGAGGUAUUCGGCUUGAGUUUGUUUCCAAGUAUUGUUCGGUUUAGUGUUUUGGAUUUAUGUAGAAAGCGAGUGACGAGAGAAAGGAUUUCCUUGUCAAAAUGGCCGAUGCUGCAGUGUUAGUAGAGGCUGCAGGAUCAAGAUUUAGUUCAUUGGAGCUGAUUGGGAAAGGAUCAUUUGGCGAUGUCUAUAAAGGGUUUGAUAAGGAGUAUAACAAAGAAGUAGCUAUCAAAGUAAUUGAUUUGGAAGAGUCGGAGGAUGAAAUUGAGGACAUUCAGAAGGAAAUUUCUGUUUUGUCACAAUGUCGAUCUCUAUAUAUCACUGAGUAUUAUGGUUCCUAUCUCCACCAGACUAAGCUCUGGAUUAUAAUGGAAUACAUGGCCGGUGGCUCUGUUGCUGACCUACUCCAAUCAGGCCCACCACUGGAUGAAAUGUCAAUUGCUUGUAUAUUUCGUGACUUGCUGCAUGCAAUUGAGUAUCUGCACAAUGAAGGAAAAAUCCACCGUGAUAUUAAAGCGGCAAACAUUUUGUUGACUGAGAAUGGUGAUGUUAAGGUUGCAGAUUUUGGGGUUUCUGCACAAUUAACAAGGACUAUAUCAAGAAGAAAGACUUUUGUAGGAACACCUUUCUGGAUGGCGCCAGAAGUCAUUCAGAAUUCAGAAGGUUACAAUGAGAAGGCAGAUAUCUGGUCUUUGGGGAUAACUGCAAUUGAGAUGGCCAAAGGGGAACCUCCACUUGCAGAUCUUCACCCUAUGAGGGUUCUUUUUAUCAUUCCUCGAGAAAAUCCACCACAGCUGGAUGAUCAUUUCUCCCGUCCAAUGAAAGAAUUUGUUGCAUUGUGUUUAAAGAAAGUGCCUGCAGAGAGACCAACUGCAAAGGAACUUCUCAAACACCGUUUCAUAAAAAAUGCUAAGAAGAGUCCGAGACUUUUGGAGAGAAUAAGAGAGCGUCCAAAAUACCAAAUAAAGGAAGCAGACAUUUCUAGAAUUGGACCUGAAGCUGUAGGGGAGGCAUCUGAUACUGUUAAGGCGAUGAGAGAUCUGAGAGGAGAAGAAACUCUCCGAGCCAGUGGUCAGGGGAAACCCCUGAAAAAUGCUGGAUGGGACUUCAGCAUUGGUGGAUCACAGAGCACAGGAACUGUUCGGAGUAUUGUAAGACCACCUCCAGCUAGAGAAAGGAGACCAGAUGCUGUACAAAUUCAGACUGCGCAAAGAACUCCAGAUAGAAGUAACCAGGGGUUUUCUGCACCUGGAAAUGUGAAUCAUGCGUCACUCGAGGCUUCCUCCAGGAAAGAUGCUAGAGAAGCAUUCAACCACGAACAUCAGGAUAAUUACCAUGGAUAUGAUGAAUUUUCUGCGAGUGGAUCUGGAACUGUUGUUAUACGUUCACCCAGGGGAUCACAGUCAUCCCUGUUUAGUGAUCAAAGCACGCUGUUUAGCAGCUCAUAUGCAGCUUUUGAAGAUUCAUCUUCCAGUGGAACUGUAGUUUUCCGGGGCCAACAUGAUGAUUCUGACUCUCCUUGGACUCCAAAAUCCAAACUGGGAAUUCAAGAGAGAACUUACACUGGCUCACUUGAAGACAGUGCAAUGAACCUUGCAGAGGCAAAGGCUGCACUUCAAGGAGGGUUGAGGAGAGGAAAUGCCAGAGAGAGAUCAGCAAUGGGAAAGAUCAAUAAUGAUUGGCAGGAAAACAGAAAAGAGCAGAUAAUAAGCAGCUCAGAUUUUUAUAGACAUUCUCGUGAAUACUUAGAUGCACGAAAAGGUCUUUCAAGAUCGCAGCAUGAGAGUGAUGACGAAGAAUAUGUAAAAAUUGCAUCAUCUGUGCCAUUGUCAGUUCUGCUUAUUCCUUCACUAAAAGAGGCCAUCGCUGAGGAUCCAGAAGGUUCUGUUGUGCGUUCUAUUGCAAAUUCACUCGUUAAUAUGGAACACGAGAAGCCUGGAUCUUGUGAAGUUUUUGUAAGAAGGUUGCUUCAGCAAUUGGCAAGUUCAAAGGAAUCUUCCCUGAAAGACCUACAGGAGCUUGCUGCUCGCUUAUUCACCAAGGUCAAGCCAACACUUGAAACGCAAAGUUCAAAUUCAGUAAACGAUAACAAGAAAAAGCAACAGAACAAGGAAAUUAAUUCAAAUGCAAAUUUAAGUCCACUUGCUAGAUUUCUGCUCUCGAGAUGGCAAGGCCAAGUUUCACGGGAUCUCCACCCAGCUUAAUUGAAGAUGCCUGUCUUAGUGUGUUUCCUGUUUAGGCAUAUAUUCUGAUUGAUCUAUGUAGAUAUCAUCAUUGUGAGAAAUUGUGUAUUUAUUAAAAUUUAUACGAUUAUCUUCUCUCUUUCACAUUUUUGUUUUGUAGUAAGGCAUCGCCAUAAUUAAGGGUUUGCUAUAAUCACAUUAAAACUGUAAUGUUAUUGCGCCAUUGAUUGUAAU